AUGUCCGACGGACCACCCCCUCCGUCCGAGGCCCAGCUGGCCGCCAUCGAUGCCUUCCACAAGUUCACCAUUGAGCUCUGGACUCUCUUCUCCAUUGCCCUCCUCGCCACCCUGCUCCGAACCUACGCCCGCGUCCGAGCCGUCGGCUUCAAGAACCUCAAGCCCGAUGACUACCUCGCGUGGGUUGGUCAGUCGCUCUACCUCUCGCUAGCCAUCCUCGCCUACAGUAUCGGACAAGUCGCGCACGGGCUCGCCAACAAUGGCAUGACGGAUGAGCAGCGAGCAGCCUUGUCCCCCGAUGACCCCGAAUACCGCCUCCGGUCCGUUCGGCCCCCUCGCCUCGUCCCCGCCCGCCGUGGAUCAUUCCCUUGGAAAGCUUGGAAAGCUGACUUCUCCCCUCUCUCCAGUGUCAUCGGUUCCAAGAUCCAGGUCGCCGGCUGGACCAAUUAUUCCGCCCUGAUUUGGUGCUACAAGGCCUCCAUGCUGUGCUUCUUCAUCCGGCUCACCGAAGGUCUCGGCCGACCGUACCGGAUACGAGUCAACAUCGGCUUCUUUCUCGUCAUCACCACCUUUCUGGCCUCCAUGCUGACCAUCUUCGCCGCCUGCCAACCCUUCUCCAACUAUUGGCAGAUCAGCCCAGAUCCCGGCAACGUAUGCCAGGCGGGCAUCUCCAAGCCCAUCAUCUGGGUCUCCUUUGCCUCCAACGUCUCGACCGACUUGUAUCUCAUUUGCAUUCCGUUGCCCAUGCUUUGGCAGUCCAGCCUGAAGCUGCCCAAGAAGAUUGCGUCGACCAUCGUUCUCGGCGCCGGCAUUUUCGUUCUCGUCUGCGCCAUCCUCAAGAGCGUCUUCGUCCUGGUCGAUACCGUCCACGGCGCGCAGUUGGCCGGUACUUGGGGCAUGCGGGAGUCCUUUGUCGCCGUCAUCACGACCAACCUUCCCAUGAUCUUCCCCCUCUUCAAGUCCUGGCUCAGCCCCAUGUUUGGCAGCUCCUACUCGUCCAAGGCGUACCAUCAAACACCGACCGGCUUCCGCACCAUCGGCGGUGGCGGUGGCGAAUCCCACAGCCGUGGCCAUCGUGCGCCCGCCAAGUCGGACCCCAUGACGAACAUGAGUUUCGGUGACAGCGAGGAGCGGAUCGUGGAUGAAAUUAAGUUGCACAAUCUUCGAAACUAUGAGGCCUCGGUAGAAACGCCUGCCGGCAUCAUGGUUUCGAAGCAGGUCGAGGUCACCCACGCGGAUAAGGAGAGCCAGAACGGCGACAAGCACCCGCAGCCCAUACGAGAGUGGUGA